CCCCGCCUAGCUUGCUCAAGUCCUCUCUUCUCUUUCUCCCUCCGGAAACCUGGCUGUAGCUGGCCAAGGAGGUCUCGAUUAAAGAGGAAGGGGCAGUGCUCACAUUUCUGGGCAGGCAUCUGGAAAAUAUGAGGGGCCACCCCUCUCUGCUGCUGCUAUACAUGGGAUUAACCACCUGCCUGGAUACUUCACCCAGUGGGGAGACAGACCAAGAAGUCUUCCUGGGUCCCCUAGAGGCCCAGAGCUUCCUGAGUAGCCAUACCCGGAUUCCAAGAGCCAACCACUGGGACCUGGAGCUGCUCACACCAGGGAACCUGGAACGGGAGUGUCUCGAAGAGAGGUGUUCCUGGGAAGAGGCCAGGGAGUGUUUUGAGGACAACACCCUCACGGAGCGCUUUUGGGAGAGCUACAUCUACAAUGGCAAAGGAGGGCGUGGACGAGUGGAUGUGGCAGGCCUGGCUGUGGGGCUGACAUGUGGCAUCCUGCUCAUUGUCCUGGCCGGCCUGGGAGCCUUUUGGUAUCUGCACUGGCGACGUCGCCGAGGCCAGCAGGCCUGUCCCCAAGAGGCCGGGCUCAUUAGCCCUCUGAGUCCUUUGAGCCCUCUGGUCCCACCGACGCCCCUGCCUCCACCCCCACCCCCAGGCCUCCCCACCUAUGAGCAGGCGCUGGCAGCCUCUGGGGUACACGACGCACCUCCACCCCCCUACGCCAGCCUCAGGAGGCCUUACUGAAGAGCUGCUUUCGAGACCCGGCUCUCCGAACCGUGCCCCUGAUGCAUACCGGAUUCCGGAAGCCCCUAGGCCUCGUAGACGCCGAAUCUGGACUUGGAGGGGGGGAUGGUGGGAGUAGGGGUCAUCCGGCCCGAGGCCUGCCCUGGCACACGCGUUUCCGCCGCGUAUGGAUAUACACAUGUUCUCGGCAACGUGUUCCCGUGUCCUGGCCCCUCGCGGGCCCCCACACUCUCCUGACCGUGAGGGCACUGGUCAAUUCUGCCCCCGUGGUAGGCAGACGCGCGGGGAAAUUCGGACCCAGGAGCCCAGCCCCGGCUGUGCCAUCUUGUGUAUGGGCAGAUAUGACCUGACAGCCCCCUCCAGUGCCACAGGGUACGCACACGCAGAGCCCCGCCUGUGCACACACGUCUCUUCGUGCACUCCCCGUGCGGUACAGGGGCACUUCGUAACCCAGGGAAAGGGCGGGGGGCAUAUUUGCAAGCGUGCUCGGUGCGGGCAGGCUCGCAUUGCACCCAGCGAGCUGGAGUUGAGCUGUUCCCCUAGAUAAAAACCCUUCGGAAAGGAGACCAAAAAAGCAGAAAUAAUGCAAAAUAAUAAUAAUAAUAAUGAAAUGAACCGCGAUCCCGGG